AUGUGUGAGUCCUUGUCUCCGGGGAACUUCUCACGGGCGCCGUAUCAACCUCCUCCGUCGUCCAACGAGGACGAGAAGCGAGGGAAGAAGCGAGGGACGUUGAGGAAGAUCUUCCGGACCCUAGGUCGACGGGAUCGAGAUAGGGGUCGAAGGGAUCGUGACAGGGACCGACGAGAUCGAGAUGGAGAAGAUCCCCAUCCUCUUUCCCUUCCUUACGAGUACAAUCACUCAUCUCAUUCUCAACCCACUGAUGAUAUCUUGGAUUCUAGCGUAGCGGCAGAUCCAUUAAUCACUCCGGCGCCCCCAAGCCUGGUUCUUCCACCCGUCCCAGAGCGGAGAUGGUACAUGGAAUCCGAAAAUCGAAUCCCCAUCACUGAAGCCAUUCAAAGGUACAAGCAGAUUGAGCGUCAGAAGAGGCUGGACCGGGAAGCCCGUUCAGAUGAGAUUAAGAAUUCUGAGAAGGAAAGCGAAGUGUGCGUUGGUGAGACCGACGCGUCCAUAUAUUUGUCGGGGUCUGGCCUUGGGUUGAUUGGCCUCGCCCAGGUUGAGGGGAGGAUGGAGUGGAAUGUAUGUACGUACGUACCCCGAUGGUUUGAGUGCGAAGGACUGAGUCGACCUUGUUCCAAGGUCUCCUGGCCCGGCUCGGGUCGAUCACCCAGACCGGGGCCACCCAUCUACCCGUCCUCCCCUCAUGAUGACAUGGACUCGUCCGUUCUCUUCUGCCGCUUUUAUCGAUGA